UCUUAUACCGUUCGUCCUCGUGGGCAUUCCAAGCGGGAAUUCUCGAAAGCCAGUUGUGCCGUAGAAACACGCGUCGGGGCCUGGCGCUCGCCGGUACUUUCGAGUGCUCGUAAAUUCGCUGUUUUCUCGCUUUGUGUUGUUUUCGAGUGUGCCGAAUUUUCUUGACAAGAGACCAUCGAAUACCAAAGUGACGUGACUAAGUACUUGACCUCGACGUCCACAAUUCUUCUGUCAAAUUCAAAUUGAAUAUUACUUGGCAGGAUGGAUGCUGAGACUGGGGCCAUUUUGGCCCUACAAAUAUUAGCUCUCUGUUCGAUAGCCGCUGCCCUGUUGGCCUACCUAAUGCGGCAAUCGAGGAACGCCACUGACGAGUACGAGACUCGUAACAAACUCCAUGUACUCGUGACCAGCUGCGAUACAUCCGUAGGCCUGCAGAUCGCCCUUGCACUUUACGAAGCUGGUUACAAGGUAUUUGCUGGUCUAUUGGAUCCUUCUGGAAAUUCACCAUCAAUGAAAAUCGUAAGGGCGAUAGAACAACAGAAAGAAAGGGAGGAGGAUCCGACGAACACAGUUCAAGGGAACACACAAGAUCCGGAAAUACGUGCUCGCGGUCGAAUCGUACCAUUGGAGUUGGACUCAACGAGGGAGGACAGUUUACGUGCUUGUUUGGAUGCAGUUAGGGCGAAACUUCCGGCUGGCGAAGAUGGUCUCUGGGCAAUCGUGUACACUGGCGGUUUGGCCCUAUCAGGUGCCAUAGAGAGACAACCGAGUUCCGCGUGGGAAUCGAUGUUACGACAUAACUUAGUGGCGCCACUUAGGACUGCGAGAAUGUUCAUUCCUCUUUUGCGCGUAAAAAGAGGACGUAUCAUUCUCUUGGGCGAUUCCACGACAAGCUACGGUACCAAAAUUGGAACAGGACUGGUAGCAUACAGCGCGUCCAGGAAAGCCGUAGAAGGAGCUGCAGAAGCAUUAAAAAGCGAACUGCAAUCCUCCGGGGUUGACGUCGUUCUCCUUAGACCGCCACCCGUGAAUCCUCUUAUUCUUUACAAUUCACCUGUUCUCAAGACCUCCGACGUAGAGUCUGGAAUAAUAUCUUCCGAGGGAACAUGGACCGCGCCUGUAUCUACACAUGCCAUUCAAAACUCAUUAAUCCCUGCACUAACGUCACCUUGUCCACGUAUUUCUUACGACAUGGUUGUCAAGACGAGGCUCUUCUGUAGAUAAACCAAUUUUCAAUUAGUGGAUAUUAACGUAUACGCAAACUUUAAUUAGUAUUACGUCAAAUUAAGUAUCAGUCACUAAUACCUUGUAAGACUAAUGUUUGUUAUCUUAACGUCGGUAAAUUUUACACUAGAUUCAUUUUAACCUUUUAAUUUUAAAUCAUCUUGUUGGAUGUAUCGAUGCGCGAGAGGCUUACGUUUUCAAGAAUAUGUACAGUUUUGUAAUUAAUACAAUGUUAACAAAAACCUGUAAUUAA